AUGCCUCGCUCCAGGACGUCUCGGAAGUGCUGCCGCGCAGCGGCCGUUGCGACGGCGGGCGCUUUAGCCCUGGCUCCGGGCUUCAUCUCCUCCGGCAUCUCUCAACGUACUGGGGCCAGCUCGGAGCAGCCAGCGCAGAGGAGAGCCGCGGUGAAGGCAGCGCAGCCGGGUGAGGGUGCCGGGCGAGGCUUGGGCCUGUCGGCCGCUGGCCUCUCUACGGCUUUGGCGGCUGGAGCAAGCCUGCGCAACCGCCGGCGGACGCGCGCGCAGCGCCAGGCCGAGAGCCCUGUGGACAAAGCGCGCCAACUUGGCGAAGACCUGCGCGGCUUGGUGGACAAAGCGAAGCAGGUUGCCCAGGACGUCGCCGAGGCCCCGGGGAAUGCCGCGCGUGCUGCGAAUGACACGGCCAGAUCGCUGGGCGAGGGUGCGGCCAACCUCCGAGAUGGCGCCAGUCGCAUCAAAGAUAACCUGGGCAACCUGCAGGCCAUUCCGCAGGAACUCGGCGAGAAGUUCCAACGCCCUUUCAAGGAGGUCGGCAGCAAGGUGCAGGAAACGGGCACUAAGCUGGCCAGCCUGCGCGCGCCCGAGGUUCCCAAGCCAGAUGCGCCAAAGAUCCCGAAUGUGAUCGAAAACGUCUCGAAGAUUCCCUCGACCUUGAAGAACCGCAUCGAGACCACGGUGGAAGGAGUGGAGAAGACGGUCACCAACAUCGUCGAGCUGCCGGACAGGAUCAGCAAAGGUGUGAGCAAUGCAAGCGAGGCCGUGGUCAACACAGCAGAGACCAUCGCCGGCGUUCCAGAGAAAGUCAAGAACACUGCGGACUAUGUGGCCUCGCUGCCGUCAAAGGCAGCCAAAGGUGUGGAAAACUUCACCACUGGCGUCACGAACGUCACAACGUCUGUGGUGAGCUUUCCCGGGAAGGCCGCGUCCACAGUGAGCAACACAGUCGAAGGUGUGAACAAGACAGCAGAGGCCAUUGUGAGCCUCCCUGGGAGAGUGCAGGACAGCGCGACCCGAACAGCGGACGGAGUUACUUCUACGGUUGAUGCCGUGGCGAGCAUUCCAACGAAGGUGAAGGAAUCAGUCGAUGCGGUGGCGAGCAUCCCGUCGAAGUUGAAGGAAUCGGUCGAUGCCGUGGUGAGCUUUCCGGGGAAGGUGAAGGAAUCCGUGGAUGGUGUGCUUGCCGCCCCCGGCAAGGUCAAGGAGUCCGUGGACAGCACGCUGAGUGCAGGCAAGAGCUUCCUCGACGGCGUGGCUGGAGCCAUCUCCUUCAUCGCAGGCGGCGUUUCAGGUGGUGUCUCUGCCAUCAGCUCCGCCGCCUCAUCGGUCCAGGCCUCCAUGCCCAAAGAGUCCAAGGCCCCACCCAAGGCAGCUCCGAAGCCGGCGGCCGCGCCGAAGGCCGCACCCAAGGUUGAUGCUGCCGCGCAAAAGGCCGACUUUAAGGCCGAGUUGGCGAAGAAAGCUCAAGAGACGGCCAAGGACGUUGAGCCUGAGAAGGUGUAG